AUUGCGCCAAACUGGAAGUUGCGUAUUCCCGUGUUGUCCAAUUAGGUGCUUCGUCAUGCUUCCGCUCUGAGAGUUGUGCGGGAAGUUUGGAGCUGCUAAGCGCUUGUAUUUAUUUGCACUUUGUAACUACUGUUGUGUACAGGUUCAGAUGCCACCCAAAGCCAAGGCAGCUGGGAAAGCUAAAGGGCCGGCGAAGAGGAAGCUGGCCGAGGAGUUCCCGCCCGGAGAGGUUCUAACAGACACGGCGAAGAAAAGCUGGAAGCUCGGGACGCCUGUUGGUCAGGGAGGCUUUGGCCUGUUGUAUCUGGCAAGCGAUGAUACGUCCAGGGCUGUCGGAGCCGACGCACCUUACGUCAUCAAAGUGGAGCCAAGCGAUAACGGCCCUCUCUUCUCCGAGCUGAAGUUUUACAUGCGAGCAGCCAAGCCUGAUCUAAUCGGCGCUUGGAUAAAGUCCCGGAAACUGAAAUACUUAGGGGUGCCAAAAUAUUGGGGCUCAGGACUUCACGAGAAAGGAGGAAAGAGGUACAGGUUCAUGGUCAUGGACAGAUUCGGAACGGAUCUACAGAAGAAGUUCGAGGAAGGCGGAAAGAGAUUUCCACGGAAGUUGGUUCUUCAGCUUGGCCUUAGACUUCUGGACAUCCUCGAGUACAUCCACGAGCAUGAAUACGUCCACGCCGAUAUUAAAGCCUCCAACCUCCUACUUUCCCAUAAGAACCCCAAUCAGGUUUACUUGGUGGAUUACGGACUGGCCUACAGAUAUUCGCCGGAAGGUGUGCCGAAGGAGUACAAAGAAGACCCGAAGAAAUGCCACGAUGGGACCAUUGAGUUCACCAGCAUUGACGCACAUCAUGGAGUCUCUCCUUCCAGAAGAGGAGACCUUGAGAUCCUGAGCUACUGCAUGAUCCAGUGGCUGUGCAGCCGCCUGCCCUGGGAGGAUAAACUCCAGGACCCGGUUUACGUCAGAGACUCGAAAAUACGAUGUCGCAACAAUAUCAGAGAUUUCAUGAAGAGCUGCUUCACUACAGGACAUGAACCAGAGGAAAUGAUAAAGUUUAUGGAGGAGGUGAAGGCGCUGGGCUACACGGAUAAACCCGACUACACCAAGCUGCGCAGCAUUUUGCAGCAGGGACUAAAAAGCAUCGGCGCCACUGACGAUGACAAGCUGGACUUCGCAGCGUCUGUGUCCGGUGCAGGGCCGUCCUCGGUCAAGACUCCUAAGCGAAAAAAAGCAGCAGAAAAAGAGGCAUCUAAUGACGAAACUGAUAGCUCCUCUGCAAAGAAGAGACGUCCGGCUCAGAAGAAGGAAGUGAAUGGCGUGAAGAGGACCGGCGUGAAGAGGACCGGCGUGAAGAGGUCCAGUCCGAAGAAGCGCGUCGUAGAGACGGGAACGCAGACUUCCCCCAUGGUGGAAGUAAAGAGAAGCCGUGGCAGGCCCAAGAAGACCGCAUAGCUCUCCUCUUUUAAACUGUUACAACUUCUUUUCCUCUUUUUAAACUUGUCUGGAUUAUUUCCUAGCUGUACAUUUUCUGUUCCUUAACUUUUUUUUUUUCCACAGGAUGUUGGGUACAUCCUCAGUAAAAUAAUAAAUAACAAAAAAAAGUA